AUGUCAUUUCGACCGGGUCUGAGACUUUUCUUUCCACGGACAAUACCUCGCACGUCAAGGCCCGGUGUGAGAUGGGAGAAAGGGAGUAGAUUCGUGACUACUUUCAAUCCUGGUGUUGAAGAAAGAGCUAGGACUGGUGGAUUUUCUGUUGUACGGAAAUGGGCUGUUAGACUUGCACUCCUCAUCGCUUUCCCAACUGUUUACCUAGCAGGAGCCGCUUUCCCACCUCGAUUCGUACUUUUCGUAUUUCCACGUUAUUCACCUCCUCCUCCCGAGAAAGAUUCUCAUCGUGGUAGAGCUUUGACGAAUGAUGUGGAGAGGGAGUUACAGGGUUUGUGGAUAGUACAACAGAUGAGGGGGAAAGAAGGGUGGUAUGAGGCUCGCCCAUAUGAUAGAUUCGACCCUCAAAAAAUACAUAAUUCUCUCACUGCUGGAUCAUUAAGAGGUCCUGGUAAACUUGCCAUCCCUCCGAUAGUAUUCGCCAAGACGGACGAAUCGGAAGCUGUGGCUAUCGUUCAUUUAGGUCGAGCUCUCUGUGGACAUGAUGGGAUAAUUCAUGGAGGUCUCAUAGCUACUGUUUUUGACGAAUCAUUAGCACGCAAUGCUUUACUCAACAUCCGAACGAAUAUCGGUGUGACGGCCAAACUGAGUGUGGAUUACAAAGCGCCUACUAUGGCUGAUCAAUUCGUCAUAGUCCGCACAAAACUAGAACACAUACACGGUCGAAAAGUCUCUGUAUCAGGAACGAUGGAGACGCUCGACGGGGAGAGAGUGGCAGAGGCUAAAGGUCUAUUUGUGGAACCGAAAUGGGCCCAGUUCUUGCAAUCUUCUGGUGUCACUCAGGCUUUGGGAAGAAGGGUUCCUAUGCCAGAGGCUGGUCCUAGUUUGUUGGAUGACGAUGUUGAGCGGGAGGUGUAA